AUGUUGACCAACAAAACAUUAGACGAGGGAGCUACGCACAGGAUAGGAGCACAGGUUUUAAAGUUGAAUGAUGGCAACACUAUGCCAAUGUUAACGCGAUAUGAGUUUGGUUACGGUCUUGGCACAGCGUUAUACAAAGCGACCGUAGGUCAGAAAGAUGAGAGCAUUGUGGAUAUGACUCGUCUUGCCAUUGAGGUCGGAUAUCGUCACCUCGACGGUGCGGAGCUGUACAAUAACGAGGAAGAGCUAGGCGACGCCAUAAGAGCUGCGGACACCCACCGUUCAGAGCUUUUCGUAGUGACCAAACUAUGCGGAACCGAGAAGCGAGAUGUACAAGUGGAAUUUGACAAUUCUUUGAGAAGGCUUGGCCUCGAUUACGUCGACCUUUACCUGGUUCACGGACCUUACAUGGCCGAUAAUGCACAGGACUUACAGAACGUGUGGUCACAAAUGGAGGCUAUCAAACGAUCAGGAAAGGCAAGGUCUAUAGGUGUUUCUAACUUCCUCCAGGAACAUUUAGAAGCGAUUCUUGAGACGGCCGAGAUUCGUCCUGCGAUCAAUUCGAUUGAAUAUCACCCCUAUCUUCAACGUGUAUCACUUAUAGAAUACUUGCGAGAACAGAAUAUUGCAAUAUCGGGGUAUUCAGUUCUGAGUGCUCUUACGGGGGGCUCUCCAGGCCCAGUUGACGAGCUCUAUGCGCAGUUAGCCAGGAAAUACAACGCAUCGGAGGCUGACGUGGCUCUACGAUGGUGCAUCGAUCAGGGCAUAGCAGCGAUUACCACAACACGAAGUGAGCGAAGGUUGAGGGACUAUUCUGAGAAUUUGGGAACAUUCAAGCUUACGCAAGAAGAGAUCGACAGCAUCUCGACUGAGGGCAGGAAGAAGCACUAUAGGAAGUUUCUCACAAACAAAUUUGCCUCUGAUGAUCAUCGGUAG